AUGUCGAUUGCAGAGUACUGUCUAGCUCCUAUGAAAGUGGGUCGAUGUCGUGGGUCCUUCCGGAGAUGGUACUACAACCCAGAUAUUAAUGAAUGUGAUGAGUUUGUGUUCGGAGGAUGCAAACCAAACAAGAACAACUAUGUCCAAAAAGAGGACUGUAGGCAGACCUGUGUCACCCGUUGUGUGGAGAUGCCAGAAACUGGUUCGUGUCGAGCCUCAUUCUCUCGCUGGUACUAUGAUCCUCUCUCCAAAAAGUGUAUGGGCUUUACUUAUGGAGGAUGUAAUGGAAAUGGAAAUAACUUUAUGUAUGAAGAAGAAUGUGAAGAGUUUUGCAGAGGUGUCUCUGGUGAGUUUAUAUGA